GACUCUUAGGACCCAUGCGUCAUUUAAACAGCAUACCUCCAAAGAGACCCGAAGCAGCUUUAUUUUGGCAGUCUGUAACAGGCCUCAGUUUCAGAGGCAUUGCUGGUGUGCUUCCCAACUUAAAAAUCAGUGCUCAUUUCAUGAGUAUUUAGAAUUUGAACCCAGCUCUUGGUCAUUAAGUGACAGCAUUGUUUUUCUUUGAAGACCUUCUUUUAGUUCCUUAUCUUUGGACAGUCCACAGUCCAGAGGAAUGUGGUUGGUUAGCUUUUGGAAAGGUCUGCGUUCGAAUUACAAAACACGAGGACGAGAAUUUAGGAUUUUCUGCUGGAGAGUUGUAGUCCACACUCCUGGAUAGAGAGUGGAGUUUCCCUAAGUUUAUAGGUCCCUCCCCAAACUACACAUCCCACCACCUCAGUUAAAAUGGGAUCAAACUCCUAUUAACUAGAUACCCUUGUAAAGAUGGGGCAGUAUUUCACCUUCCUAGGGUUUGGGGGAGACAUAGUAAGAGGACCAAAGGUGACAAAAGGAUGUGUCAGGGUAGCGUUUGUUGGGGCCUGAGUUCAAGGGAGCUGCGGUGGAGUCGGUCAAGGUUUUUAAUAGGAUUUAAAAGGUUGGUGAAAAGAGCAGGGAAGCAGUGAUGGAAAAAAGAGAUACAGAAAUCCAGGUUGGGUUCGACCCAAUGUCAUCUUUGCCCCAUUAAUAGCCCCCCAUGCAUGCUUUGCCUAGUAGCAGUUAUGGAGUGGUUUUCAACUGGAGUCGUGACAGCUGGAAUCCCCUUUGCCUUUUUCGCCUGCGCUUGAAGGAGAUGACCCCAAAGACAACUUUUGGGGAACACUCUUAGGGGUUUCUCAAGGAAACAGUCUCUUAUUAUCUACAGAAGUCAUAUUCCUCCCCAAGCCAGUGCUGAAAGCAGCUUUUGGGGUACACUCUCAUGGGUUUCUCAAGGAAACUGUUGCUCCCUCAUUAUUUGCAGAAGACAUAUUGUUACCCAAAGGGGUCCCAAAGAAAACUUUGGGGGUACACUCUCAUAGGUUUCUCAAAAGAACUGUUACUCUCCUAUUAUUUGCAGAAGCCCUGUUGCUCCUGAAGACAACUUUUGGGGUAACACUCUCAUGAGUUUCUCAAGGGAUCUCUUGACUCUUACUGUUUGCGGAAGUCCUAUUGCUCCUCAAAAGGGGCUCCAUCCCUUUCUACAUUCCAUAACCAGCUUUCGAUGACCGAUUCCUUGCUUGGCCUCCGCAAUUAUGGCCGAAGCAGGUGUCGAAUCCGCUCUGGGUUCCAGUCCAAGCUUUAAAGGAGGCACCCAUGGUGUUUUCAUGGCGGGAACAGUUUCUGCACCUUUUGCAGCUCCCUUAAAGUUCAGACUAAAACCAGGUGCAGAUAUACUAUACCUCCCUCUCCAUUGAUAUUGGGGCUGCUCAUCCACAUUUCCUUCUGCUAACAGCUCUUUCAAGUUUGGAAGGGAAUAAAAAUAUCUUAGCAAGAGUGCCCAGUUGAGUGCCCAGUAGCUCAGGACUGGCACGACUGGCCAUUACUGGUGUCCAGCAUCGUGCCAGUGAGGAAUUGUGAACUCCUAUCGUGUUGAGCCUUUCCAGAAAACACACUUUGUGCUGACGCUUCUUUUGUCGUUGUGACGUCUUUCUUCCUUCCUCCUCCGCCCCAGUUCCUCUUCUUUAGAUCUGAUGCAUUUGUUCAUUUCACCCCAUCCGCUUUUCCUCUGUGCGUUGUCGCUUUUGACUGAGGGACGUCGGUGGGAUUGUGUUUUUUAUUUCAAUCUUUUAUUUUUAUUUUCCUUUUAUUGUUACCGCAAAGACACCGAAGGCUUGCCUCUGGUUUUGCUUUUCUUUUUUUCUUUUGACUGUCAGAAUGUGAAAUAUUGUACAAAGGUAUUUUACCCUAUUUAUAUACUGUAAUGUUAUUGUUAAAUAAAAAUGUAUCUACGAUAAUUGGGUGCGUGUGCGUUUAUUUCUUCAAAACUGUUCUUCACGGCGGCAUGGAACAUGGGCAAUAUUUUCAGUUGUGUGGUCAAUUGACUUUUAGGUUUUCAGCAUUGAAUGCACACAACAUCAAAGCACACAACGACACAAUGGUCCGAUCUCACCAUUCAGAUCUUUUCCCAGCCUCAAAUUGCCACACUAAUACAAAAAAGAAAAAGUUUAACAAAGUCAUUAAUACAAGUUCACACUUUCUGUAUCGCAGGACAGCUGCUCCUGUUUGGCCAAGGACUCCAAAACCCAUCUGCCUUCUGGCAAAGGCCAAACUCACUACAAAAAUUAUGCUGUGAAGCCCAGAUGACAAAAACAGAGAGCAUUGUCCUUUGGACCUCAUGUGAGAUGUAUAGUUUGUUAGAAAAGAGGAAAAGACUCAAAGCAGAAGACAGGAGGAAAAGAGGAGGAAGAAGAAAUGUUGGAGGGUAUGCAUGCCGAAAGCCCCUUGUUACCAGCCUCCAAACAAAACCGAGACGUUGCAAAUCUGAAAACCCUUCUACUUUUUGUUAGCUGUUUCCUGGAAGUAUAGGUAGAUGGGCAGAAAUGCUUGGUGCGCCUUUGUGUGUGUGCAACCACAUCAUCUGCACCAAGAGGAGGCCCACUUCCUUGCGCAUUAAGACAGAAGAAGUACCAGGCUGUUCUGCAAAUUGUAGUGUUCAGAGUGGAUUUGGGUCUGUAAAACGACAACAACAAUGCAUGCAAAACUCUGCAUCUUGGCAACAUCCUGAAAGGCUGCUGAGGACUAAGGGAAUCGUCAAAGGAACCGAAAUUUGGAAAGAGACUGAAUUUGGAAGAGCAAGAUAUAUAUAUAUAUCUUAAAAGAAAGAAGUCCUUCUAUGGGUUUCCGACGAAGGAUCACACGCUGGUGAAGAGGAAGUUGGUGGCAAACCGACGAGACUUGCCUUUUCUUUCCCCAAGUGAGCAGAGAAGAAUGUGUUUUAAAAAAUCACCCGCUGCGCACAAACGGCGAGAUUUGUGAACAAGAGCCAUAAUUUGGACGUGGCCACAAAGACCUUCUUCUCGCAGGUGGAGCUGGGAUGUCUCUCAAGCUGCCGCGGAGCUGGGACUUCAGCCUGAAGAUGGACAUGUCCAAAAUAGUUCGCUCUCAGAGCAUGAUGGCGGUCGAAGCAAAGGGCUCCGGUGGCACGUGGUUCUUUCCCUCCAAGACACUGGAGCGGCCCCUCAAAGCCGGAUGGUUGAAGAAGCAGCGCUCCAUCGUCAAAAACUGGCAGCAGCGGUACUUUGUCUUGAAAGGGCAACACCUGUAUUACUUCAAGGAUGAAGACGACCUCAAGCCACAGGGUCUGGUGCAACUUCACGGCAGCACCAUCAAAGAAGUGGGAGCCACAUUGGAUGAAGUUGGAAAGUUUAUCUUCGAAAUCAUCCCAGGAGACCAGAGUCGAACUGGGCAAGACUCCUGCGUCCUGAUGGCCAGCUCCCAGACUGACAUGGAGGAGUGGGUCAAAUUCCUCCGCAGGGCAGUGGGAUCUUCAUUGGGAGUGGUUUUUGGCCAACAGCUGGUAGAAACCAUGAUCUACGAGCAGAGAUUUGGUCAGCAUCCUGUUCCCAUAUUGGUUGAGAAAUGUGCAGAGUUCAUCAGGACACAUGGCCUUAAGGAAGAAGGGAUCUUCCGGCUCCCCGGCCAAGACAACCUUGUGAAGCAGCUGCGGGACGCCUUUGACGACGGACAGAGGCCCUCCUUUGACCAAGAUACUGAUGUUCACACAGUGGCUUCUUUGCUCAAACUUUAUCUCCGGGAACUUCCUGAACCAGUUGUGCCUUGUACACAAUACGAAGACUUCCUUUUGUGCGGACAACUUCUAUCGGCUGAUGAGGCCAAGGGCCAUGAACAGUUGGCGAAGCAGCUGGCGCUCUUACCCCAAGACAAUUACAACCUUCUCAGCUAUAUCUGCAGGUUCCUGAAUGAAAUCCAGCUGUGUUCAACAACCAACAAGAUGAGCGUGGAGAACCUGGCGACCGUCUUUGGCGUCAACCUCAUCAGGCCCAAGAUGGAGGAUCCUGUGACCAUCAUGAAAGGUACCCCACAGAUCCAGAAAGUGAUGACAGCCAUGAUCAGUGAGCAUGAAAAGCUCUUUCCCCCUUCCAAAGACACAGCGCCUUCCCCACCUCCCCAGAAGAACGAUUCCAAGAAAUCUCCGGUGCCACGAAACGCGGUCGGCUGGGAUGCUGUGCAAACGCCACUCACAUCCAGGGGUGAGAUUCGGACCCUCUGGGAAGUGAAAGACGAUCUAGAAUCUUCCAGCUCCAAACCGGCUGACAGGAGAGAUCCAUUGGCAGAAGAUAAUGGGGAGCUCCAACCCAAAGAGGCAAUGGACUCCUGGAACAGCCAGACUCGAAAAAGGACUCAGACCCUUCCCAACCGGAAAUGUUUUGGGGAUGUUUCGUCCAACCAAGGGGACCAAAGCAUAGCCAGAAACGACAUUUUUAAUAGCAGCUUUUGGACAUCGACAUCUUCCCUGGUCCAGUCCGGUCCUAUUUCCUCCGGAGGUAGACACAAGAGGACAUUGUCACAAGGGCUUUCCAAGUUCUUGCAUUUCCCUCAAGCGUCAGAUGCCUCCUGUUCUGUGCAGGAAAGCAAGAAACAGACUCAAGAGGGAGAGGGUCCAUUGCCUCAAGGAAGCGAGGAACCAGGAGAUGAUUUUCAGCCGAGCGAAAUGGUCAGUCCUGGGCAAAAUGGUCCCACGGAUCCAGAUCCUGACCCUGAAGACAAGGUUUGCCAUCCAGAAGACCCUGAAUUACUCAGGAAGAUGAUUGUGGAGCUGAAAGAGGAGAUGGAGGCACAGAGAAAAGACUAUGAGGAGCAAAUUAGGAGCCUUGAAAAGGAAAACUACGAAGUCUGGGCGAAAGUGGUGAAGCUCAAAGAAGAGACCGAGAAAGAAAGGAGUAAAUCUGCAGGGUUGGAGCGGAUGCUUCAGGAGAUCAGGUCUUCCAGGGAUGACAUGGAGAAGAAAAACAAGCUUCUAGAGGACUCUUUGAAGGCCAUGAUCCAGUCCGCAAAAAAAAACUGAAGAGAAGGAUUGCCUCUCUGGGUCUAAACCAGCCGUUUCCCAUUUGGGGAAACGUUGACAAGCCAUUGCAUGGUGGCUGCUCUUCCUUUGCAGAAUUAUCACACUGGGACACAUGGUUGGUAAGGAUGGAAAUGAUAUUCUUUUCCUGGUCGAAAAGUGGGUUUCCUGAGACUGGGAAACCUAGUUGGGAAGAAUACGACAUUGGUAAGAAUUUUAGCCAUGUGGUUUUGACAUGUAAAAUUGCUAUUUCUGUGUCAUGUUUUAAUUGUGGAGUCAAGCAAGAACAAAGGUAGCAAAACCUAAGGAGCGCCCAAUAAAAUCCAACCAGAAGAAAGUGGAUAUACAUCUCAAGGGGCUCAAUUGAUGGACAUUUUGCUGUGAACAAAAAAAGCCCAGUGGCCUGUAAUGCUCUCAAGGCUUUUUUUCAACAGAGCUAUUUCCAAUGUAACUUCAGAAAUGUCUAAAGCUCCAAAAAUUCAGAAUUUGGCAGAAAUUGUGUUUGAACAAAAAAAAAAAAAAAAAAAACCAACCACAAAAUAUAUUUGCAAACAAAACAUUUUCUUGUGGAAAAAUGUUCGCAAAAAGGUCUGCAAGUUUUGAAAAACCACUUGAAGCAAUGCAGAGAGGGGUGCCAUGCGCCAAAUCCAUUUAACCCGUGCCUUUUUGACACUGAUGUUCUGCGUCUUUUUGGAUAAAUUGAUUCUGCGCGAGUGUGAACCAGACGUGGAUCGGAAUCGAUUUAAAUUGACGGCUAGAGUGGGUCCAUUUUGAAUCGAUUCGUUUGUCGAUGUGAACCACAAGUGGGUUGUUUUGUUUUAUUUUGCAGCAAGAAAAUGCGAUCGGGGCAAAUGUGGUGUGAACCACGCUCCGAUGUCGAACCGAUCCAACAAUUCGGAUCAUAAACUGCUUUAUUUGUAAGUGGGAAUGAGGCCCUAGAAUCCUUUUCACACGUAUUGCUUUCAAGCCAAGUGUCACCCAUUCAACUUUGUGCAUUUCAAUUUCCUUGUGGAAAGUCCCACAAGUAUGUUCUGUUUCCAUGUUUGAAAUGUUUUCCUGGAAAGAACAGUAGCACAUUUUUUGAAUGAUGGGAGUCAGCCUGGAUGAGUUGCCAAAGGAUCUGAGGCCAGGCCAUGUUGGUGUCCAUAUUUUCGCCUAAACUAGAAAUCUCCUCAUUUCCUUUGUAGAUAGACUUGUGUCAAAUCGUUCUGGUUUCUAACCCACCUCCUUGGAUGGUUUUCUGUGCUCCUCAUUUAAAAGUCUGCAGGGCUGGUGAGAAGGCGAGGCGCAAAGGGAGCUUUGCUUUUACAGCCUGAAGGCUAAAGAGGAAGACCUCAGGAGCUGAAUUAAAUGGGCCAGACGUUUGCAAUGGAAUAAGACGCCAGAGUGGUUCACACCAGCCUUUCUCCAUUUAACUGCACUCUGGGUGUGUUGGACUGCAGUUCCCAUCAUCCCGGACUGUGCCAUUGAAGGUGAUGGACCUGGGGCAAUACAUGUAAACUACUGGAAAAGAGAUUCCAUCUAAACAUUAGGAAGAACCUCUUAAUGGUAAGAGCUAUUUGAUAGCGGAAGAUGCUGCCUUGGAGUGUGAUGGAGUCUCCUUCUUCAGAGGUUUUUAAACAGAGGAUGGAUGGCCAUUUGUCACAGCCUUCCAUCUUUCCCAGUGCAAUGACAGAGAAGGUCAACGAAUAGAGGAUUUGUGGCGAAGAAGCAGAUCUGAACAAGAAGUAGGAGUUUGGAAUAUAAAUUGCCUAGCCAGAACUUUAGACUUGACUGAAGCAUCCAUAGAAGUGUGUUGUCUUUCCAAAGAAGAGUUUGGUCAAAACUUUGGAAGUCUCUCCAGGUGCUGAAGUCACAAAGUCCUGGGCCUGAGCUUUACCUCUUUAAAGGGAACAUAGAAAUGUCACUUUGGCUCUGUUUCUGGAAGCCUUUCUAGGCUGCUCCUCAGCCAGCAAGAUUUCCAGUAUGGACAACCAAGGAACUCUUGAUAGCAAGACCUACCAGAGUGUGCAUAUCAACCAAGAACAUCGAAUCGCCAAUAUCCACAACUAUGGUGAAUGGAACGGAUGGGAUGCAAUCUGGGAUUAUCAGAAGGGCCUUUUUGCUACAAGGCUGUUUCGAAGCAGAGUUUGUGUGGUAGCCACCUUGGAUUUAGAGGUCUUUCCAAGUCUGGAGGUUCUCCACAGUUUUAAAGAGAAGCUGGGAAAAGGGACCCCUUCGACCUACGACUCAAUAUUCUUGGUUGGCAAGACCCACAUCCAAGACGUGGCUGAAUUUGGAAGUGCCAUUCAGCAGCUCUGUGGGACGGUUCCCACCUACUAUGCGUCCCAGGAACAAGUGGGACUUCCUCAGGGACAAAGCCUUCUACUCUGAGGCUUGCAAACUAAGCCUGCCGUUUGCAUUCCAGUGAUUGAUCACAAAGCAAAGCACGGUAGAUGCAAGAUACAGAGGUUGGUCUCAAAGGAGUUACAGGAUUUCUUUACAUGUGUAUCAUGAUAGAAUGAGAUUGUGAUUUUUACCUCGUAAGAAGCAAAAGCUGGACUCCAGAAGAAUCCCAGCAGAGCGAUGAUUACAGCCUGGAAGAGGAAACAACAACAUUCAUAUUGGAAAAGAAGAGUCCCCAUGACAUUCCUAUUAAAUUUGGGAUAAGAGGAAGAGGCCGCGGAGCAAAUGGAAUAAAACCCCAGAGACUCCCAACUUUUAUAUCUUGCCUGAGAACAGACCUCCAUCCCUUGCAGCUGAUGAUGCCCGACAAACUAGGAUUGAGGGAGUGGGUCAUGAGAUGCGACUGAGUUAAGUAAAGUUGAGCCAAAUUAAGUAUACUUAACUAAGUAUGUUGCUCUCAAGUCAACUGCAGCUCAUGGCAACCCAAAGGCGAAACUAUCGUGGGGUUUUCUUGGUGAGAUUUAUCCAAACCCUAUCUCAACCCCUUUGCUAAGGUACUUCAGUGUCCUCCGUCAUUGAGUCUCACCGUCUGCCAUGUGGUCUUCCUCUCUUUCUACCACUUCCCUCCACCUUUCCUAGUAUUAUUGUAUUGCCAUGUCUUCUCAUGAUGUGCACAAAGCAUGACAACCUCAAAUGUCAUCUUGGCUUCCGGGGAGAUUUCUGGCUUGAUCUGCUCUAGGU